AAGCAUCAUGCAGUACUGCUACUUCCACUAUUCAAUACAGUACGAAGAAGCACCCCGCUUUGCGACGUAUCUCGGAAUAUCAACCAUCAUGCUCACUAGAGCAGGAUGGGGGAAAACCUGGAGUAGUUAUUGAAUAAUCAAUGUGGUGGGCCGCUCCGCCUCUUACCUCCACCUCCACUAUUUGUCCACCCUUUCCGCUCCUCCACCGUCAGAUGACUCCUUCUUUCCGUUCUCUUUCCUUUCCUCACUUACACGGACCUGACCUCCACCGUCUUCCGUUCCCGUAUACGUCCACCCCCUCCACGCCUCCACUUGAGUUGAGCACCUCCCGGAAAAUCCCACAAACCGGUUCCUGGGAACUUGAAUGCCGGUCGGACUUCGCAUCUCUUUGUUUACACCACGCCAAAUGACGAUGACCUCAGUCGAGUUUGUCUGCAUCAUGUCAUUUCUGUUCUGUCCCAUGAGCUUCCCUGGCCAAUAAUAUUGAAGGAAACAAAAGACCGGCUACAGCGGAUAGCAGCAUAGAGAAUGAAAAAAGAAAUGAAGAAAGCGGAAUAUAUCUUUUUUGGUGCUUGGCAUGCGUAUUCGGUGACUCUGGUCAUCACAUCAAAACCCUUCCGCUCCCUAACUCCUGCCCAUGUUCUACUUACAGCUCAAAUAUAUCCGCAAUGACUUCCAAUCCAUGGGUUGUCAUAUAUUAACUCCCGUCAGAACGAAAGAGUCUUGCUAAUCCAUAUACUGUUGUGGAUCGAAUCGACGAGUGCUGAUGUUGAACUUGAGGCAAUGGCGGUUUUGGCCUAUGCGAGCGGCGUGGAUCAUUUUAGUGACGAUAGUCUCUUUCACCGUAGUCGAUUGCCGAUCUCCUCAUCCUGCUCCUCUCCGGAAAAUAACGACAACUUCAUCUCAUCUGGCCAUCCUACCCAGGAGAGCCAAUAGUGGAAUUAACCCUCGUUAUAUCUCGGCUCUUCCUCCUCCCCCUUCCACUCUCAAACAUUCAGAUAGUAUCGUCCUUUCUUUGGAUCUUGCUGAGCUACUACCGUUUGAGCUGAAGCUGUUGGUCAAACCCUCGGAACACAUCUUCCACCCAGACGCUCAAAGUGUCUACUGUAAUGGUCAAAAAUCUGUGACGGAAAGGCUUAUAGAGGAAGAUUGGAGGUUGUAUACAGGAGAAGUUGUCCAUCCAAGCUAUAUCGACAGAUUUGCAACUCUUCAUGCUGCUGGAGCUCAUCAGCCGGUCUCUGAAAGAAGUCAAGUCCUUGGUUCAGCAAACGUCAUGGUUCAUGACCCCGGCAAUCUCUACGGGCAAGGCGCUAUCUGGGAAGGAUCAUUUUCCGUUAAUGGUGAAUUGUAUAAUGUGAUGACGAAAGAUAACUACCAGAGGGUCAAAACAAAGAAGGACAUUAAUGCUGAGGGUGUUGGGCAAAUGGUCGUCUUUCGACAAAGUGACGCCUAUAAUCAUGAAGCAGAGAUCACAACCAUACCCUUGUGCUCCCAUGACUCGUUGGAAUACAAUAACCUGUCAAACCCAAUUCACAAUACUUCUUCCACUUCCGAUACUUCCUCGCACCCUUUCUUUGGCACUCUCAAUUCCUUAUGGAAGAAAGACGAUAUAGGGGGAGGAUUGACAAAUCCCUCCAACUUCAUCAACUCGAUCAAUGAUACACGUGGCUGUCCCAAUACUCAGCAAAUUGUUUACAUGGGCGUCGCACUUGAUUGCAACUAUGUUGCUGCGUAUGGCUCCCCUGAAAGAGCCCGAAUCCAAACACUUAACAACUGGAACCAAAUAUCGUCCCUGUACAAAUCCGCUUUCAAUAUCUCUCUCGGUCUGAUUGAGAUCCAGGUACAGGACAUGGCCUGUCCCAAAACUGUGGUCGAAGGGGAAGAAUGGAACAUCGGCUGCGACCAUAAUAUAUCCUUGGACCAGAGAUUGAGUGACUUUAGUGGUUGGAGAGGUCAAAGGGGAGAUGAUGGUGCAGGAUUGUGGCAUUUGAUGACAGCUUGCCCUACAGAGUCAGAAGUCGGUGUGGCAUGGCUUGGGACACUAUGCAGGACUGACAGCGCAGAUCAAGCUGGUAGUAUGGUGUCAAGUACUGGGGUUAGCACUGCAACUAGAACCGAGUGGAGUCUAAUUGCUCAUGAGAUUGGACAUGGCUUUGGUGCUAUUCAUGAUUGCACGUCUGGCUGCUCUCUCUCUGGCUCUUGUUGCCCCCUCACAACAACGACUUGUAAUGCCAGUGGCCGAUAUAUCAUGAACCCUACGACCUCUAGUACCGAACAUUUUUUCUCCGGGUGUACCGUAGGAAACGUGUGCAGCAAUAUUGGGAAUAGAGGAAUAUUGACAAGCUGUAUACAAACGCCAAGCGCUAGGACUGUAAUAAGCCUCCAACAAUGUGGGAACGGUAUUGUGGAGGAUGGGGAAGACUGUGAUCCAGGAGCGAACACGACCUCUCCUUGCUGCGAUUCUUCCACCUGCAAGUUCGUAUCCGGGGCAGUCUGUGAUCCGUCGAGCUCGGCAUGCUGCACCGCCUCCUGCCAAUAUGCCUCUGCGAACACCACCUGUCGCGCCGCUGUCGACGAUAUCUGUGACUACCCGGAGUACUGUAACGGCUCCUCGCCCCACUGUCCAGAAGAUAGGACGGCAAGUGAUGGGACAAGCUGUGGCAAUGAUGGACUGAAAUGCGCUGGUGGGACGUGCAACAGUUUGGACAGGCAGUGUAGUAUGGCGGGACAAAGCAUGGGGCUAAGCCAGGCGUGCGGAAGGAAGAACGAUAGGACCUGUAUGGUGAACUGUAGGAACCCAACUUCAAUUAAUAAUUGCGUUGAGUUACAGACUGCGCUAGUUGAUGGGUCACCGUGCGGCUAUGCCGGCCACUGUUACAACGGAACUUGCCAUCCCGGAUCAUGGCAAGAUACCGCCGCAUCGUGGUAUCGACAGAAUCUUCGAAUCUCAAUCCCAGUGACCGUCAUUGUUGCCAUAGUGGUCUUGAUUCUUUUCACCAUUAUUGGCUGUAUCUGCUGUUCUUGUAUCCGUCACCGACGUACUUCCCAGAUGGCCCAGCUCCCUUCCACCGGUGAUAACCCAAUUCACCCCCCAUCUUCAGCAUCUAAAAUGUCUCCUACAGCAUCUCAGGUGGGGCACAAUCCAAUCUUGUGGGGUUCUUCUGGCUCAGAAAGUUUGGGGGCACCGUCGGCUGUCGAAUUUGGUCGAAGAGAUAGCGAUUACGAGUCCACUGAUAUGGAGCAGCCUCCCCUUACACAAGUCGAUCCAUAUGCCUCAUCACUACCUCGUCACCAUGAUAGCAGUAACGCGCAAUCUGUAAACCCUACCCGGGGAGAGGUAGGGUUACAUAGCUGGGUGGACGAUAAACAGUGGAAUGGUCCGAAUCAUGGUCGGCCAGAGACGUUCGGAAGAUUCAGGCUAGACGCAUUAUAAGCUUAAUUCUGGUCGCCAGACUAAUAGGUUACGGAGAGCAUAUUGUAUAAAAGGGUUGUAUCAUCCGGUCCAUACGACGUAGUAUGUAAGGGCCUUGUUCACUUUCACCAGACUCCAUUCACUAUUAUCUCCCAACUCCACCGCUUCCUUCUAUCUCCCUUUACUGUUUGCCUCAUGGCCCUGACUCCAUUCUACUACUCAUAUUCGCUUCCUAGAAUCUUUGCAGAGCAGACACGGAAAGGCUAACCACUUGCACUUGAGGCUUGGAGCUGUAUAGUAAUUAAAUAAUUAGCAAGUAGAAAGGUCUCCUGUCACGAGCCUGCACAAAGAAGAAGAGAUAAGAUAUCAUAGGAGGGAGUUACAUAAUAGGAAGGCAAGAUCCGAUUCAGAUAACGAAGAAGGUCCAGCUGGACGUCCAGCUGGACCUCUUCUUUUUUGACACUUGAACAAUUGCAAAACACGGCACGAGGACAACCCCAAUCCUGAAAUGAAUGGGACGGAGGGAUGGAGAGGAC